UCUCUCUCUUACACACACAAACUUGUGGUGUGGUGCAAAUGGGAGAAAUAUAGUAUUUCACUCCAAGCGACUGCAGCGGCAGCUACAACUUCUGAAUGGUCCCCGCCUCGAAGUUUUACUUUAUGUCUAGCACCUGUUGUGUCGCCAGUCGGCCGUCUGCGCUAGUCAAACAUUCGGAGCCACCGUCUCAGAGACCUCGCAAGACAUUAAUUUCCUUCAGAAAGCUGGACGCGAAGCAUUAUAAGUGGUAUUUAACCCAGAGUCGGUGGCAUGUUAAACUGUUUGGAAAUUAACAUUUUUGGAAAUGUUUUUGUACAACUAAUGGACUAUGUAUUUCUGCAGGGGAAAGUCGAACACUUUGCAAAUAAUCACGUGUUUGUUUCGCGUUUGGACAGAGCUUCGUAAAUAGUGAGAUUACAGAAAUACUCAUUUUUAAAAGUCCUCAUGAAUGCUUGUGCACGAGAGUUUUCACAGAGUAACUUAGCGAACAGGUGCGCGCUCACAAAGUUACACUAAAUAUGCACUGCAGCGGUCAGCUUUAAAUAGAUGAUUUACUGCUAACUUUCCACAAAGAACUUAACGCAGAAAAAAAAGAACUCUGACCAAUGAGGAUUAUGUGGACUUUACUUUGCGCGUACUUCUUACAGAUGUGGCCAAAGUUGGAUACCCGUCUCAGAAACAUUUUUUCUGCAUGGUGAAACAACACUUACAAAGUGCCUAUAAGCACCGACAGCCACCAUUUAUCCAAAUGAUUCCGCUGCUUCUCUUGAUUGUCAUAUCGUCUCUUCAUCAGCAUGAGUCGGUGGCGGAAUCGAGUCACAUCAUUAAGACCCACGCAAGUACGAAAGAACAAAAUGGAGUUCAAGAGUCUCAACAUGAGAAGGUCCUCAGUGUCACUGGGGAUGGAAUUAUUCACAGUCCAGACUUCCCCAACACAUAUCCCAGGAAUACAGUUAUAGUGUGGAGGCUGGUGGCAGUCGCUGAAGGUUCCAGGAUCCAGGUGUCCUUUGAUCAGCAGUUUGGUCUGGAGGACGCAGAGGACGGAAUUUGCAAGUAUGAUUAUGUGGAGGUGGAGGAGCCUGUUUUAGGGAUGGUGCUGGGUCGCUGGUGUGGCUCACAGGUGGUACCAGGGCCUCAGGUAUCCAAGGGUAACCAGAUCCUGAUCCGCUUUGUCUCUGAUGAAUACUUCCCCUCCAGCCCAGGAUUCUGCAUCCAAUACUCUUUGCUCCAACAGAGACAAUCUGAGCAUGAGACACAUGCAUUGAUGCCUGCAUGGAUGCAGAGUGCAGAUGCUCUGAGUGAGGCUGUAGCUGGUUUGAGCACAAUGGAGGAAGUGAUGAAAUACUUGGAGCCAGACCGCUGGCAGGUGGACAUGGAGGACCUUUACAAGCCUACAUGGCAGGUGGUGGGAAAGUCUUUCUUCCACCAAAAGAAAUCCAGAGGAGUGGUGGAUCUGAACAUACUCCGUGAGGAGGUACGGCUUUACAGUUGUACUCCACAGAACUUUUCCGUGUCAUUGCGUGAGGAGCUGAAAAGGACAGAUGCCAUCUUCUGGCCCAGCUGCCUGCUGGUGAAGCGCUGUGGGGGAAAUUGCGCCUGUUGCUCUCAUCACUGCUACGAUUGCCAGUGCACGCCCACCAAAGUGGCCAAAAAAUAUCAUGAGGUUCUGAUGCUGAAACACAGAGCAGGGGGUCGGGGGCUGCAAAAGGUUCUGACAGACGUCCCAUUGGAGCACCAUGAGGAGUGUAGCUGUGUGUGUAAAAAUGACUCAGACUAAACCAGUCCUUGGGAAAGAGCUACACUGCCCCCCCUCACAGACUCUGCUGCACCCAGGGAAAUAUUUCUUGCUUUGUGCCGAUUGAGCAAAAGAGUUUUUACCCUCAUGUUGCAGACUAAUGAAACCCAGGGAUGGAUAUCUUUUAUAUCUGCGGUUCCAUUCUUUUUGGCCUUGCAAAUCCAUAAAGAAUCAACCCAUGAAGAAGUUUCCUUUGGCCACAUGAUAUGAUAGCAUGGAAUAUUUGGAGGAAAAUUGGGAACAGACUUCUAUGUUUGAGCAUAGAGGUCUGUUUACAAUGUCCAUAUGUACAUGUAUGAGUCAUUUGUGUGUGUGUGUGUGUCUGUGUGUGAGUACAGAGCUGUUCAGGAAAUGAGAAUGUGUAAGAGAUGAGCUCAAAAUUAGAUCUGUAUUCCAAGAUAACUAGAGGGCCUGAAGUGAAGUGAGUGCAUUUGGUUUGGAUGAGUGCGUGAAUAAAACGAAAAGUGAAAGAAAAUGACAGGCCCAGCGGAGAAAGGAGCCAAACUGAGCUUUGAAUUAUUGUCACUUCGAUGGGACUCCUGUGUUUCUUAUAAAUAUUAGCUGUUACUUGGGGAGCAAGUGGAAUUCAACAUUUUCUUUUUCAUUAUUUUUCUCUCUUCGCUUAUUUUUCACAACUGAAAAUAUCAAAGGACCUUUCAAGAUUUUGUGCUCAUAGAUGGAAGAUUGUACAUCCACUUUCAGAGAUCCGAAGACAACUUUGAGGUUGCAUGGACACUCUCAUUAAUAAACAUCCCUACAGCAAUUAAUUACACUGUGAUCAUACAUAGCAGCACUCCACUGCUUUAUCAUCAAUUCAUUGAAAUCAGACCUUUCCAUUAUUAAUUCUUAAAGAAUCCUUCAGGAAAGAUAAGGAUGUCCUUUAACUUCUUUUUAAAAUAGGAGCAAAACAACCAGCUAAACAGGAAAAUGUCCACAUCUUUUGCUCAUUUACUACAUAUUUGCUGUUUAUAAUUUACUAAGGACUCUUAUGACAAUGGCUCCAUUUAAGAGAGAACUACGGUG